AUGGAUAAGAAUCCUGACGCCCCUAGUCAGCGGCCUCCCACCCCGGAGAAUGAGAGGGUCCUAGUGAUCCAGCAUGACCCAGCCAAAUGGAACGGCCAUCGCUCAGUGUCAUCGCGUGGGCAGCUCAUGCGUGAUUUCAUAGAGCUGGGGUUCCCGUACGAGAGGGCGAAGGAUCUUGUAGAAGUGGAGUUUGCGGCUAGGACACCCUUUGUCAGACCACCAGGAGGUGGAGGGGUAUCUCAGGGGUCAGUCGCUGAUCCAUCGAGCGUCAGUAGAGGUCUUAUUCCUGCGCCAUCAAUCGUGAGUAGUUCCCACAGCCCUGCUCCGCACAGUGCCUCUGACACAUUUGGCAGGAACCCUCAUAAUCGUUCCCCCUCUCCGGAUUUCGAUCCGCGACCACCGCCCUCUGAGAUGACCCUCGACAUGCUGCGUCAAGAACUGCGCGACGAAGGCAUAAGCGAACCUUACAUUGAGAAAUUCAUUACAAAGAGCAGGUUAUUCAAAUAUCGCCCUACCUCCUCACGCCACAGAGUCGAGUGCCCUCCACCAGGCUCCAUACCGCCAGGGCUCGUUUGGGCUAAGAACCCAGUUAAAGAACGCGAUUCUAUGAAAAGUCUAUUCCUGUGGCUCGGGUCCCCACUAGAAGCCGUAAGAGGCUAUUGUGAGGAGCAAUUUGGACCUGAAACCAGAGCUGACCGAGACCAAUCUGCAAGGACUGCCACUGCCCCGAGCAGAUAUAACAAUUCUAGUGAGUAUAGAAAGUGCCAGGGUAUGUUUAACGAGUUGAAGAGCUUACUUCUGCAAAACUGUCUUGAUCUUGUCCAGCAACGAGAGGAGUGGCGCCAAGUUAUUCUAGGAUUGGGGUCCGGGCCAAUGAGCGAGAACGCGGUCAGAUUUAUUCUAGACGAUAUUUUCGGCCCUGAGACUGAAGCCAACAGAGCAGCGAGAAACCCCGGCCCGGACUGGAUGCGAAUCUGGGAUGUAUGUAACGCAGCAGCUAAGUGA